GUGUAUAAUGGGUAAGUUCCGCGGAGUCCCUGAAUGCAGCAGUGUUGUUGUAACGCGGUCUUGUCAGUUUGGACGGACUGCUUUAAAAUGUUCAGCGUUUUUGAAUGGUUUAACGCCAGAGCGACGACAUUUUCUCUCUAAAAGGCUCGAAUAGCACCGGCCAGGUGAAAAGUCCAUGUGAAGCAUGGCCACUCGAAUAGAGUGCAUAUUUUUCAGUGAAUUUCACCCCACUCUGGGCCCAAAGAUAACAUAUCAGGUUCCAGAGGAGUACAUUUCACGGGAGUUGUUUGACACAGUCCAAGUUUAUAUCAUCACCAAGCCAGAACUACAGAACAAAUUAAUAACAGUCACGGCUAUGGAGAGGAAGUUAAUCGGCUGUCCCGUGUGCAUAGAGCAUAAGAAGUACAGCCGAAAUGCCCUCCUCUUUAACCUCGGCCUCGUUUGUGAUGCUCAGACCGACACGUGCGCACUUGAGCCAAUAGUCAAGAAGCUGGCUGGGUACCUCACAACUCUGGAGUUGGAGAGUGGCUUCAUAUCAAAGGAGGAGAGCAAGCAGAAGCUUUUACCUAUAAUGUCAACUUUGUUAGAGGAUCUUAAUGCCACAGGAGCCUGCACAUUACCCAUAGAUGACUCCAACACUAUCCAGCUAAUGCUCAUCCAGCAGCGAAAGGACCCCCCCACUGUCCAGGAAUAUGACGUGCCUGUCUUCACCGAAUGCAAAGAGCUUUUCAUUAAAUCUCAGUGGGACCUCACCACUCAACAGAUAUUGCCUCACAUCGAUGGGUUCAGGCACAUUCAGAAAAUCUCUGCCGAAGCAGACGUCGAGCUGAAUCUUGUUCGUAUCGCUGUGCAGAAUCUGCUGUAUUAUGGUGUUGUGACUUUGGUAUCGAUAUUCCAGUAUUCAAACGUCUACUGCACAACGCCAAAGGUCCAGAGCCUCAUUGAUGACAAGUCCAUUCAGGACGAAUGCCUCAGCUAUGUCUCCAAACAAGGUCAGAAACGUGCUAGCCUCAGGGAUGUGUUCCAGCUCUACUGUGGUCUCAGUCCUGGAACUACGGUCCGAGACCUUUGUUCUCGCUACUCGCAGCAGCUUCAAAGGGUUGAUGAGAGGAGGCUAAUCCAAUUUGGGUUGAUGAAGUCUCUUAUUCGACGGCUGCAGAAGUAUCCCGUGAAGGUGGUCAGGGACGAGAGAAGCAGACCGCCUCGUCUCUACACUGGUUGUCAUAGUUACGAUGAGAUCUGCUGCAAAACAGGGAUUAGUUACCAAGAGCUGGAUGAGCGUUUGGAAAAUGACCCUAAUAUUGUCAUCUGCUGGAAGUGAUGUUAAAUGAAGCCAUCCACCAGGAAGCCUCAGCCAAGGCUGCCAAGACCAAGACACAGCAAGGAUCGAGUUGUGUUUUGUAGUUUUCUUUGCUUAAUUUUUUUAUGUGCUAUUUAUUCCUUGCCGUAAAAGGAUGUGGCUAACUUCAGUUGGGAUCUGGUUAUUGUUUUCUUUUUUUGUAAGCAGACAUCUAUAACAGAGCAUAACUGUCUGGUUAAUAACAAGAAUAUACAUUAAAGUUGUGUUUAAACUGUUUCAUA